GGAAGCUAUCUUUAUAAAAUGGCAUGUGACCCGCACGUUUCUUACCACGUGUAAGAAUGUUGGUUGUAUAACAAAAUUAUUUGCGGAUGUAUAAAUUGAGCUUUCGUUUGGGAUGCGAAAUAUUUCAUAAGAAUUGCUUGGCGGAGUUUAAUUCAUCUUUACUUACGCGGCGCGUGUACAUACAGAAACCGGAAAUGAGUAUCUUCAGUACAAUCAAGAGUGCAGUUAUUACAUCUAGUGGACUAGAUAGUCCAGCUUACACAGAUGUAAAGAAACAGGAUGAUGUCGAGGAGCGUAAAUAUGUCGCUGCCAAAUGGGUGAGCACCAGUGUCCAAGGUAUGGAGCACGAGAAAGCACGAAGCGAGGGAUUCCAAAGGCUCUUCAAAUAUAUCACGGGUAACAAUAAACCAGGAACCAAAGUCGACAUGACAGCCCCUGUUGCUACACGUAUAAAUCCCGGAGCUGGCCCCAACUGUGAAAACACCUUUACUGUCUCAUUCUACAUCCCUACCCAACACCAGGAGAAUCCUCCCGAACCAAGCGACCCUAACGUGUUCAUCGAGGACUGGCCUGAACGGACUGUACUUACUCGGGGAUUCGGAGGCUUUGCCAAGGAGGAGUCGUGGCUUGACAACGCCAAAAAACUGACAGAGUGUGUGGAGGCCAGAGGAGAUAAAGUUAAACAGGACGUCUGGUUCACAGCAGGAUACAACAGUCCCUUCCAGCUCUUCGGAAGGACGAAUGAGGUCUGGUUUGUCAAGGAAUGAUUGGUACAAGCUAUGAAAAUGGAAGUCAUCAACAAAUUAUGACUGGAUAGCCGGAUCCCCCAUAUAUAGAUUCCGAUGGUAGAAGUAGUGGAAAACAGCCGGAUCCAUAGGUUGCGGAAUCAACGACUAACUGGCAUGGCGCCGACGGUUAAACUGUUGAUAUAUUACUGGCUAUUCUGGUUAUAGAGGUCAAUGGUUCUAAAUGUAGAACAGGACGAGAAAAACCCAAGGCCAGUAAAUACUGGCAAUAUUUCUUGUAAUGAUCGAAGAUGUUACCAAUUCAGUUAGAUUGGACUACCACGUUUCAAUUUCAUGGUAACAGUUUGAAACAAACUUGAUCACUGGACCCAUGAUUCUGACAUUUGAUUUCUUGCCCUGUAGAGUUUAGAUACUACAGCACCAACAAAGAGUGAUUAUGAAUUAUUCAAAACAAUAAAAUAAGAAAUUACAGCCUUUAAA